AUGAACAUCGACAGCCUUGCGACCAGUGGAGGAAGACCAGCAGAUGAAUCUUUAUUAAACGUAGACAAUAAAAGCUCUACCUCACAGGAGAUGCCAUCGUCAGCGGUCCAUCCAGAGCACGCAAGAGAAUCUGAAGAGAUGUUUAGCGAGAGUGACGGGGGUUAUAGUGCUCUUUCUGUGCCUGAAAAUCUAGGCUAAUAAUAACCAGAAGAUCAUUCAGAAGCAAAAUAUGCGAGGCCUAAUAAAUGGAAAUUCGACCCGCGACAUCUUGAUCUCAUCGCGAACAUCAUUGCCCCCGAGGUUGCAGAACUUGAACAGCAAAUUCACAUCUCGUCAAGUGGCGAAUGCCAAUUUUGCCAGAAAGUAUUAGACGAAUGGGUAUCCAGAGUUGAAGUUGACCUGGAAUACGAUGAGCGUGGUUGGAUUGAAUUUGAAAUCCAGCACCGCAACAUCCUCCUCUCUUGUAAAGCUGCGGCUAUUAAAGGCUGCCGAAUGUGUCAACUACUGCUUUGGGAUAAAUUCUAUUGCUAUGAUAAGAUCCCAUGUUCAGGGUUGGAUCUUCAUGAGACCUGUAUUUUCUCGUCCCUUGCAAGACGGCCACUUCUCUUAGAGUUCGGUUCCCGUGAUGACGACCAACAUGACUUGCCUGUUAGUCAAAGAGGUUGGCAUAUUUGUUUAACAUAUGAUCCUUUUGAAUCAGAUUACUGGGCAGACAUUAAAUUGCCAACGGGAUUUCAGUUGCAAUUUCGGGGACCUGUACUGUGGGAAAACAAUCACGCGUUGCCAACUUCGUCCCCUUUUCACCUCUCACUCAAUGAAACAUCAGAAAACCAAAGACAAGAUAGCUUAAUCCAAUUGGCAAGAAUAUGGCUCAGCCAAUGUACCGAAGAACACCAAAUUUGUAGGAAUGUGGAGUUAGCCCAGCAGACCAGCUUUCCAUCACGCUUACUUGCUCUCAAGAAUGACAGGAUUCGCCUUUGCGAAACAAAUACUUUGGACGAACCGACCCAUUACGCAACCUUGAGCCAUUGUUGGGGGCAUAUCAAAUUUUUAACAUUGACCAAGGAAAAUCUACAGGAGUUCCAGAAAGAAAUUCCACUUACCCAGUUGUGCAAAACCUUUCAACAAGCCAUAUAUAUAGCCAAGGGGCUUGAUAUAGACUACCUCUGGAUUGACUCUCUUUGCAUUAUUCAAAACGAUCAGAACAACUGGGAAGAGGAAUCACCCAAGAUGUGCGAUAUCUACAGCAACUCAAGUCUCACUAUCGCAGCCGCCGGUGCAGAGAACGGUACUGAGGGAUGUUUCUCAGGUCAACCCUACUAUUUACGGAGCCAUCAAUUCAGAAGAAAAAUCCAUGGUACGGUAAAAAAGUUCGAAUGUAGCUACGAUGAACUUUAUUCCGACUGUGUUUCCGGUACACCUUUAGCGAAACGUGGUUGGGUGCUCCAAGAAAGACUUCUCUCACCAAGGACAUUGUAUUUCGGCGGUCAUCAGAUGUACUGGGAAUGCAACGACCGAGAUGCUUGCGAAACAAUUCCCGAAGGGUUUUCCAACAAGAUGCGAGCGCGUUUGGGCGUCAAUACCCUGCCAAAUGGAGUUCCACUUCACGAAGAAUGGUCUGAAAUCGUUCAUAUCUACUCGCAAUGUGAUCUAAGCUUUCAAAAAGAUAAGCUUGUUGCAAUUUCGGGUAUUGCUGAACGAAUAUUCAAGGCGACCCACGAUGAAUAUUACGCGGGGCUUUGGAAAGAGAACUUUGCAAAUCAAUUGGCUUGGCACGUUCAGAGGACGAACCAUCCAAGACCACUGGUAUACCGAGCUCCAUCGUGGUCGUGGGCUUCUGUUGAUGGAGUGAUUGAUGACGUGAGGGACCCUCAUUGGCAGUUUAUUUGUCGUCCACAUAUCCAGGUUUUAGAGGUUUCCACAACCCCAAAAGGACUGAGUCGUUUCGGAGAAAUUUCAGCUGGGUAUCUUAGAUUAAAAUGCGAUAUUCUUAUGUAUUUGAAUAUAAAUGAGGGGAAUAUGAAAGAGCAUAUUGUUAUUCCCAAGUUGAAUACCUCAUUGUUCAAAAUAUGGGAUUAUCGCGAUUUAGCAUUUGGUACCUUUUAUGUUCUGCCUGUGCUUGAUGGAAGUCAUAGCGGUUACCUGGGUUACGGAACUCCUCACUGCAUAAUACUGAAAAGAAUAGCAAAGGGGAGGUAUGAAAGAGUUGGCUGGUGCGCACAUUAUAGCCAAAAAAGGCCCCGAGAAGAUCCACGGAUCCUUUUUGAAGGAAGGAGACAUUUGACCAACUUAAAUACAGAGGAUUAUAUUGAAUUAUACAGAAAUGAGCAUGGGAAAAAAGAUAGUUAUGUUAUUGAGAUUGUUUAGUGCUUUGGGUGUUUAGCUCAGCUUUGAAUCGAGUCGCAGGUACCAUAAUUUCUAAUACUGAGAAAUCUCAUAGCUAUGUUUUCUGA